GAACAAAACGAAAUAAAUAAUCUUAUAGCAGAGCUUUUUUUGCACUUCUUCAUAAGUUACAGAGAUCGAUACCUCCUUUGUUUUUUGUAAUAAACAGGACCUCGACUUCCAUUUCAAUUCUCGAACUCCCUCCCCUCAUAUCAACAUACCUACCCCACCAUAAUUUGUAGCUACUUUCGAAGCUAUCAACCGUCAAGAUGGCAGCACGACGUAUCGCCAAGGAGUUCAAGGAAGUGACCGAUAACCCCAUCCCAGGCAUCAGCACAUCCUUAGUGAAGGAGGAAGAUUUGCAUCAAUGGAAAGUCGAGAUGGAAGGUCCUGCAGAAACACCAUAUGCCGGUGGUUUAUUUGUUCUCAACGUCGUCCUACCCAAAGACUACCCAUUCAAACCUCCCGUGGUCAACUUCGUAACUCGCAUUUAUCAUCCCAACAUUACCUUUGAUGAAAAAGGAUCCAUUUGCGUGGAUGAGUUGAAGCAAGACAAAUGGAAGCCUAGUGGAAAGAUCACAGCUAUUCUUGGGGCGAUCAGGAAUCUUUUAAUCACUCCAAACCCAGAUGACCCUUUAGAAAAUACGAUUGCCGAUAAAUUGAAGAAUGACGCGGAUGGGUUUGCAAACGAAGCGAAGGAAAACACAAAGAAAUACGCCAUGAAGAAAUGAAGAUUGGGCGGAAGUGUGAAUUAGGGGUAGCAAAUCGGCGCUUUAUGAAGGAAAGAAUGGAGGUUGCACGAUCCCGAAAGGGAAACGAUAUGAGAAGAAGUCAAAGACAUAUGACGAUGAAUGACAGCGAUUUUCAGCAGCGAGAUGAUUGGCAUCGGCGUUUAAGGGUGCAUAGAAGAAAUUACUUUUACAGUAUCAGAUAGCCCAAAAAUCGGGAGAUAAAUAUACAUUGCUUUUCCGGGGAAGAUGUUGCA